UCCUCUUCCUCUUUCGGGCUGGCGUUCCUUAAGAGCCGCUUCCGGGACGCCGAAGCCGGUUCCAUAGUGGCGGGUGCCCGUUUUCUCUCUCUCACCCUCCCACGGUCCCGGCCCCCAAACGCCAUUUCCAGGCGGGUGACUUGUGGUGAAACCUCCCCGACCCCACCCCCACCCCCACACCACGCCCGUGACGGGAGAGCGCGUGUUGCGCCACGCCCCAGGAGCCAAUCAGCAACCGCCUUAGGCGACCAUGUCUGAGUCUGGGCACAGUCAGCCUGGACUCUAUGGGAUAGAGCGACGGCGACGGUGGAAGGAACCUGGCCCUGGUGGCCCCCAGAAUCUCUCUGGGCCUGGUGGUCGGGAGAGGGACUAUAUUCCACCAUGGGAAAGAGAGAGACGGGAUGGCAGCGAAGAGACAAGCACUUCCGUCAUGCAGAAAACCCCCAUCAUCCUCUCAAAACCUCCAGCAGAGCGGUCAAAGCAGCCACCACCUCCAGCAGCCCCUGCUGUCCCGCCUGCCCCAGCCCCUCUGGAGAAGCCCAUUGUCCUCAUGAAGCCACGGGAGGAAGGGAAGGGGCCUGUGGCCAUGACAGGUGCCUCUACCCCUGAGGGCACCGCCCCACCACCUCCUGCAGCCCCUGCACCACCCAAGGGGGAGAAGGAGGGGCAGAGGCCCACACAGCCUGUGUACCAGAUCCAGAACCGAGGCAUGGGCACUGCUGCACCAUCAGCCAUGGACCCUGUUGUGGGCCAGGCCAAACUAUUGCCCCCAGAGCGCAUGAAGCACAGCAUCAAGUUGGUGGAUGACCAGAUGAAUUGGUGUGACAGUGCCAUUGAGUACCUGUUGGAUCAGACCGAUGUGUUGGUGGUUGGUGUCCUGGGACUCCAGGGGACAGGCAAGUCCAUGGUCAUGUCAUUACUGUCAGCCAACACUGCAGAGGAGGACCAGAGGGCAUAUGUUUUCCGGGCUCAGAGUGCUGAAAUGAAGGAACGAGGGGGCAACCAGACCAGUGGCAUCGACUUCUUUAUUACCCAAGAGCGGAUUGUUUUCCUGGACACACAGCCGAUCCUGAGCCCCUCCAUCUUGGACCAUCUCAUCAACAAUGACCGCAAACUGCCUCCAGAGUACAACCUUCCCCACACCUACAUUGAGAUGCAGUCACUCCAGAUUGCUGCCUUCCUCUUCACGGUCUGCCAUGUGGUGAUCGUCGUCCAGGACUGGUUCACAGACCUCAGUCUGUACAGGUUCCUCCAGACAGCAGAGAUGGUGAAGCCUUCCACCCCGUCCCCCAGCCAUGAAUCCAGCAGCUCCUCAGGUUCCGAUGAAGGCACCGAAUACUACCCCCACCUUGUCUUCCUGCAGAACAAAGCUCGCCGAGAGGACUUCUGUCCUCGGAAGCUGCGGCAAAUGCACCUAAUGAUCGACCAGCUCAUGGCCCACUCCCACUUGCGUUACAAGGGUACUCUGUCCAUGUUACAGUGUAAUGUCUUCCCGGGGCUCCCGCCUGAUUUCCUGGACUCUGAGGUCAACUUAUUCCUGGUGCCCUUCAUGGACAGUGAAGCAGAGAAUGAAAACCCACCAAGAGCAGGACCCGGUUCAAGCCCACUCUUUUCCCUGCUGCCUGGGUACCGUGGCCACCCAAGUUUCCAGUCAUUGGUGAACAAGCUCCGGAGCCAAGUGAUGUCCAUGGCCCGGCCACAGCUAUCACACACAAUCCUCACUGAGAAGAACUGGUUCCACUAUGCUGCCCGGAUCUGGGAUGGGGUGAAAAAGUCCUCUGCCCUGGCAGAGUACAGCCGCCUGCUGGCCUGAGGUCAAGGGGAGGAAUGUCAUAUAGGAACCUCCUGGGUCCCCAGUGGAUGGUGAGGGAGCACGCAUGUCCUUCCUGCAGUGGGGUGGAAAGUGACAGCAGGUCUGAUGGACGAGGGAUUGCAACUUCUCCGCCCAGAAACAUGAGGUGUCCAGGGCUAAGCCCCCACCCUCAAUUGGGGGUUUUCAGGGGGUGAAAGAGAUCCCAUCCCCAAACUGGGAUGGGACAGCUCAUCCUAAGUCCCCACAGGGACAAGCAGUGGGAGGAGUCUGAACAGUCACCAGGAGGCCCAAGCUCUAUCUUGAGCUCCCUUUUCAGGGACAGGAGCAACAGGCCCCUCUCCCCUGACUCCAGCCCUUCCAUGUAAGGGGAGGCAGGGUGUGGAGAGAUCUCUAUCGGAACAGAUCUGGUGGUUCAAAUAAACACAGUCAUGCAAGCCUG